AUGGCUGACGACACGCAAACAUGCUUCCCACCAGUAACAGUAACCGUAAGCCUGGAGAGCUUGCGGUUGGCGCGUCUUUUGCGGACGCAAAACACAGGAGUAUCAGUACUUCGUACGCUGCGGCAGGCCAGCAGGGAGGGAGAAAGCCUCAUCGACGCCCACCCUGGCUGCCAUCAGGGAGGGGGGCCGAUCAGUAACGGUUCCUGGCGAGACACGCCCUGGACUGUGGACUCUGGAGGUCCUGGAGCCCUUGGAGCCCACUGUCGCGCCCUUGAAUUGGGCGGCGCUGCAUCCGCUCCCGAUGGAUGGGAGAUCGAGGGAGAUCGCGAGGGCACAGUGGCCAGAGACAGAGAGAGUAGAGAGAGACAAAACGACGAUUAUCAGGAAAUAGCGAAGAGAGAAGAUGUUCUGCGCAUUUGUCGCGGUUUCAAAUAA